CGCCCCUGCGCUCCCCAUACCCCCUCUUGUUAACCUGAACCCAGGCGAUGAAGGUUUCUACCGAUAGCACCCUUGAAGGGUCGAUUCGGACGGCGGUCGCGGAUGUGGGCGACGCGGAGAAGGGAAAGGCUGGUCUCCCGACCGGACCUGUGGCUAAUGACCAGGCACUGGUCACAGACUAUCCAGACGGCGGACUGCGAGCAUGGUCUGUAGUGCUGGGAUCGUAUCUUGCAUUCUUCUCUACCUUUGGCCUCAUCAACUCCUAUGGAGUAUUCCAAGAUUAUUACGAAACAACCCUCCUCCGCGACUCCUCGCCGUCUGUCAUAUCGCUCAUUGGCGCCUUACAACUGUUUUUGCUAUAUGGACUGGGUCCAGUACUCGGGAGAGUAUUCGAUGUACACGGGUUGCGAGUUCUGAUGCCUCUAGGCUCCGUCAUCACCGUCUUCGCAAUGAUGAUGGUAUCCCUUGGGCAAGAAAACCAGACCUACCAAUUCUUCCUCUCGCAGGGCAUCCUCUUCGGCAUCGGUGUUGCACUCGUAUUCACGCCGGGCCUCGCGGUCAUCGGCCACUGGUUUCGCCGCAAACGCGCCUUCGCGAUCGGGAUCGUCGCCUCGGGCAGCUCGCUCGGCGGCGUGAUCUACCCCAUCAUGCUUCAGGAGCUCAUCCCGCGCGUCGGUUUCGGCUGGGCGGUCCGCAUCGCCGCGUUCCUCACCAUGCUCUGCCUCAUCGUCGCCUGCCUCACGCUGCGCACGCGCCUCCCGCUAAGAGGGCGUAUUCACCUAUCCGAUGUGGUUGACUUGGAGGGGUUCAGGGACCCGAAGUACACGCUUUGUGGGAUUGGCGCUUUCUUGAUUUUCUAUGCACUGUUCACCCCAUAUUUCUAUGUCGAGAUCUACGCCGACUUCCGCGGGACACCAGGGAGCAUUUCACGGUAUUUGCUGGCAAUCCUGAAUGCUGCUGGGAUCUUUGCUCGGGUCAUCCCCGGGAAGCUCGCAGAUAGCGUAGGCCCGUUGAAUAUUCUUGUGCCGUGCACAUUCGUUUCGGGCAUCCUGUGCUUGUGCCUGUGGCUCCCAGCCAAAGGCGAGGUGCCAAUCAUCGUAUUCACAGCGUUGUAUGGUCUCUUCUCGGGCGCCGCUGUGUCCCUCAUACCUGCCUACAUCGCUAGCAUCAGCCCCGCAGAAAAAUACGGAGCGCGCUUCGGCUCUAUCUACAUGCUCGUAGCCGUUUCCACCCUCGUCGGCACGCCCACCGCCGGCGCCUUCGUCACCACCGUCGACCAAGCGCACUUCGCGCGCCUCAUCAUCUUCACCGGCGUUCUCACCAUCGCUGGGGGCGCCGUCCUCGGCGGGUCGAGAGUCUUGCAUUCACGGAAGGUUAUGUUCAAGAUUUAGUUAGGGGCCUGCUCAAGAUCCUUGGAGGGUUGUUCAAGAUUUAGUCCCGGGGCUGUAAAAAGGGUGGAAUAGAGGCAUAUUUAUUACAAAAUGACUAUGACUAUCUAUGAUCAUGACGUGACGGAUAGAUGUAUCUGUAGAGUUUCUUGUAUUAUCACGAUUUCUGGCAUUUCGAGGUUUUACAGGGCAUCCGGUGGAAUACCGCCUGCCAUUC